CUUUUUCCAGAGUGAGGUUUCAGCCAGCAGCUCAUCAAACAAGAUGGAGAAAAUCUCCAAGGCUAUAUCCCAUUCUUCAAAGAAUUCGGCAAAAAGACAAGUCGGAUCUUCCACUGGGGAGAAAGGCGUUCACAUCAAGGGCAUUCGAAGCAGGAGGAGCAGGAAUAAGUCCAGGUCUACCCAAGUGAAAACCAGUGAAAGGAAGGACUCAAGGAACAAGACCGCGAGAAAUGGGACAACAAUGUCAGAUUGCUCCCGCGGCACUGAUGACAAGGUUACAGGCUGCACCAUCGUGGACGUGGACAAUGUGCUGAGCUCUGAAGACAGUGAAGAGGGGCCUAUUGCCCUGAUAGAAAUGGAAGCACCAGAGGAAGGUAUGAAGAAUGGAAGUCCAGGGAUCUGUGAGUGUAUUCUCACAUUCUUCUGUUUGCUGCUAAUUCUUCUCUUAUUCCCAGUCUCAGUCUGGUUCUGUAUUAAGAUAGUACAGGAGCAUGAGCGUGCUGUGACAUUCAGACUGGGACGACUACUGCCAGGGAGAGCCAAGGGGCCAGGUCUCUUCUUUCUUGUGCCUUGUCUGGACACUUAUCACAAAGUGGAUAUGCGUGUUAAAACCUUGGUGAUUCCAUUUCAUGAAGUGAUAUCCAAGGACAUGGUGACUGCUGAAGUGAAUGCGUUCUGCUAUUAUCGGGUGGAAAAUGCCUCCCUUUCGUUAACAAGUGUCGCCAAUUCUCCUGACUCAUUAUCAUUGCUAGUACAGACUUUUAUUAAGAGAAGUUUAGCACAUCGUAAAUUCAAUGAAAUUCUCCAGGAAAGAAAAAGCAUUGGUGAUGAAAUCAAGGUUGCCCUUGAUGCAAUAACAUGGAAAUGGGGAAUCAAGGUGGAACAUGCUGAAAUUAAAGAUGUCCACCUUCCUGCAGAACUUCAGCACUCGAUAGCAGUGGAAGCAGAGGCACACAGAAAAGCAAAAGCCAAGGUGAUUGCAGCUGAAGCUGAGAAGGAUGCAUCAGAAGCUCUAAAAACUGCAGCAGACGUUCUCUCUGGAUCCUCUGCUGCCGUCCAUCUACGUUAUCUCCAUACACUGCACACACUUUCUGCUGAGAAAACUUCCACUGUCAUCCUACCUCUGCCUUUUGACAUUCUUAAUACCUCAUCAGCCAUUGCCCAGAAAUCUUUAGAGACCACUGCAGCAACUCAAACAACAAGAACAGCACAGAGUUCACAGCAGAAGCCUAAGCCUGACUCUCCAAUGUUAUAAGUGAUGGAAAGACUUAAUUCUAGCUGACAAGAUCUAUCUGUUAUUUCUUUUUACUAGAUGCAUGGACAACUUUGCCAUUAGUGAGUCUUGGUAGUAAAAUGACUGCAUUAAAUGUCCAGUGCUUAAUGAAGUUACAAAAAUGAUCAGUUUUGAGAGAAGACAUGUAAUUUUAAAAAAACUCUGUGAACGACAGGAUGAAAGUUUCAUAGUGGAGUGUGUUCAUUGGGAUGUCUGGUAUAUUUGUAUCAGUGUGCUUGUCUUUGUUACUGUAAAUGCUAAAUGAUACAAUAAAAACUUGCUAACAGAGAA